GCGGAGCCCAGGCGGCAGCGAACGGCGGACGGCGGCGGCGGCUGCGCGGGCACGGCGGGGCAUCCGAUCCUCGCCGUGAGCCUCGGGCUCGGGCCUGGAGAGGCGACUGCACCGCGAAGCCACCAGCGAGAUGGCAGAGUCCCCGCCGCCCGGCGCGGCUGCUGAAAGUUGCGGCCAGGACACGGAGAGGGGCGGGGAGCGGCGCCCCGAGGAGCCGCUGGAACCGCGCGGUGCUGCCGCUCGCGGCGCGGACCCGGAGGACGAGGCGGGGCCCUCGGAGCCGGACUCGCCGGUGGCCGCCCCCUUCUUCCUGCUGUACCCGGGCGAUGGAGGCGCCGGCUUCGCAGCGCGCCCGCCACCGCAGCGCUCCUGGAGGACCCCGCCGUCGCCCGGCUCCCCGCUGCCCUUCCUGCUGCUGAGCUACCCGAGCGGCGGCAGCGGUGGCGGAGGCAAGCACCAUCCUAAUUAUCUCAUGGCUAACGAACGCAUGAACCUGAUGAACAUGGCGAAGCUGAGCAUCAAGGGCUUGAUCGAGUCGGCUCUGAACCUGGGGCGGACCCUGGACUCUGACUACGCACCUCUCCAGCAGUUCUUCGUGGUGAUGGAACACUGCCUGAAACAUGGCUUGAAAGCCAAGAAAACUUUUCUUGGACAAAAUAAGUCCUUCUGGGGUCCUCUAGAGCUGGUAGAAAAGCUUGUUCCAGAAGCUGCAGAGAUAACAGCAAGUGUAAAAGAUCUCCCAGGACUCAAGACACCAGUUGGCAGAGGAAGAGCCUGGCUUCGGUUGGCAUUAAUGCAAAAGAAGCUUUCUGAGUACAUGAAGGCCUUGAUCAAUAAGAAGGAACUUCUCAGUGAGUUCUAUGAAGCCAAUGCUCUCAUGAUGGAAGAAGAAGGCGCAAUUAUUGCUGGCCUCCUGGUUGGUCUGAAUGUCAUCGAUGCCAAUUUCUGCAUGAAAGGAGAAGACCUGGACUCUCAGGUUGGAGUUAUAGACUUUUCAAUGUAUCUCAAGGAUGGGAACAGCAGUAAAGGCAGUGAAGGGGAUGGACAGAUUACUGCGAUUCUGGACCAGAAAAACUAUGUAGAAGAACUCAACAGACAUCUGAAUGCUACUGUAAACAACCUUCAGGCAAAAGUAGAUGCGUUAGAAAAAUCCAACACGAAAUUGACAGAGGAACUUGCCGUCGCCAACAACAGAAUUAUUACCUUACAAGAAGAAAUGGAACGGGUUAAAGAAGAAAGUUCCUAUCUACUGGAAUCCAAUCGGAAGGGUCCUAAGCAAGACAGAACUGCAGAAGGGCAAGCGCUGAGCGAAGCCAGAAAGCAUCUAAAGGAGGAGACACAGUUACGAUUGGACGUUGAGAAGGAGCUGGAGCUGCAGAUCAGCAUGAGGCAGGAGAUGGAACUGGCUAUGAAGAUGCUGGAGAAGGACGUCUGUGAGAAGCAGGAUGCCCUGGUGUCCCUGCGGCAGCAGCUGGAUGAUCUCCGGGCUCUUAAACACGAGCUUGCCUUUAAGCUGCAGAGUUCAGACCUAGGAGUGAAACAGAAAAGUGAAUUAAACAGUCGCUUGGAAGAGAAGACCAAUCAGAUGGCUGCCACCAUUAAACAGCUGGAGCAAAGUGAAAAAGAUUUGGUGAAACAGGCAAAGACCUUAAAUAGUGCAGCAAAUAAACUGAUCCCAAAACAUCAUUAAACAUUUUGCAGUUGGUCACCUCACGAGUCUGAUGUCGCAGAUUAACUAUAAAAGGAAGAAAUCUGAAAUUCCUACAUUUAAGCUCCGAUUCUAUAUAAAAUAUCACGAGACGUUGACCUUGAAUUUGUUGGACUUAAAAGCACUAGGUGGAUAUAUAGGUUGGGAUAUAUAGGUUGGGUUUUGUUGUUGUGGUUGCCGCUGUUAUUUUGCCCCCAGAGUUAGAAAUUUUGGUAUGGAUUCCUCAUUAAAUACCAAAUAAACUUUGAGAAAUAUUUCUGAGUUGAACAGUAAAUCAAAAGACCAUUUUAGGAAACCCGGGCUAUGGAAGCACUGUGUUUGUGUGCUUGGUAGUGGUCAUACUCUGUAGGUGUGGCUCCCUCCGAACCAGCGAGUGAGCCUGCCCUGUGCAGGGGUCACCUGGCGACCCGGAACUAGUCUAACAUAGCUCUGCCUCUCAGGCCAUGACCCCUCUCUUCUCUUGCCUCCUGUAGGUUUAACCCCCAGCCCAAGAUAAAUAUUUAGUAUUUCCUUACAGUUCUGUUCUGAGUAACCGAGGCUGCUUGCAACUUAUUUUUGCCUUCGUGAUGUUGGACAAAAAGAAAAACAGCAUCCUUCCGUUCUUUAAAGUCCUUAGAAACAAAGUAGUAAUUAGGUAGCUCUUAACAUCACAGCGUGGAAGCUGGAGCAACCCCUCUUAACACUGUCAUCUUCUACUCUGCCCUUCUCCGUCAUCCUGCUUACUACUUAGAUAGCUCAGAGAGUACGAUGCUCACAUCCACCCUGCGUUUCCUGCUGGAGUUUGUGAGGCCACAGUGCAGUCAUGAGUUGCAACUCCCUGCCUGUUGUCUCCGCCUGGAACACUUGCCCAAGAGCUUCGAACACUUUUUCUCUAAUGAGAAUUUGCUAAAGGUUCUGGGAAACUAAUCUAGUUACUAAAAAAUAAACAUUUCUAAAUGAGAAAUAAAUAAGAUACUAGCAUUAUUGUUUAAUAUCAGAAUGAAGCUCUUCAGUAGCUACAGGCAGUGCGAGCAGGACCUUCUCUAAGUGACCGCAGACCUCACCCUUUUAGGCUCUACAUCGUAAAUAACUCUAUACAUACUUUGACUUAAAGAAAGACUAUUUUGGGGAGGCAGGCUUUUAUAGACAGGAGCCUUUACUCCACCCCGCGGUAUUUACACAAUACCCAGGGUUCGGUUCCGUGCUUUCUGUCUCCCCUGCUGGCAGGCUAUGUAGCAUAGCCUGUGCUAAGACAGAGGCAAAGAUAAUCCCUUUGCCUCCAGCUCUUCAAACUCUUUACCUUCAUGGCAAACCAGAAUUAAGAGUACGGCAGAGUUCAUGUUUCUAUGGGUCCUCAAGAGGCCGGUUAGAGGCAACUUCAUGGACAGUCCUGUGCCCCUGAACUCACUUUAAUUCUUACAGCUGUGCACCUGCAUAAGCAAAGCUCCUACUGCAUUCUGCUGUUCAUCAGCCUUUCACGGUGAGGAGUUGCCUUUUACUUAAGCGUCUAAAAAGAAUAAUCAAAUCAAUAAAAGUUAGACUGAACAUAGCAUGCCUCUCAAUCCUACUAUAGAAAGCCUCGAAUAUUUCACCUUCUAAAAGUGAUUCUUUAUAGGUGCAAAGUUAUGAGACAUUCAGAAGGGAGCAUCCACCAGAAUCUUCCAGAGAACAUGGUCAGGAGCUUAGGAACCCCAAUGCUGACUCGUCAGCUGGGUCACAAACCACCUGAUAGGAGUGGCCGGGAGAGAGCCAGGCGCUUGCUCAGAGUGUGACCUUGUGGAAGGUGAAGUCUGGGUCAGGGUUGCUAUGGAAUGUCCUCCAGCGUCCAGCAGCACAAGGAGGACCAGGAAAUCGUGAGAAGCCCAUGUGAGAAGGAGCUGCUCCCGCGUGCUCCCGCUGUGCGUGAAAGGCAGAGUGUUAGGAAAGAAAGGCAGCGGCUUCGACGUCAAUUGCUCUGUACUUGAGGGUGGCUCUGGAAAUGGAUUUCCAACAGUGAUGUCUUGUUGUUGAUCAUCUAAUGGCUGUAAACUGUAGUACUAGAAUAAAAAAAAUAGAAAAUGA